AUGAAGUUUGCUUUGCUAGCUGUCAUUGCCAGCACUGUAGCGGCCGGUGUGGAUGCAAAUGCCAUCCCUCUCGAAGAUGCCUACGUUGACGCCUUAGUCACUGUCGAGAACCUGCGCCGGUCUCUGCCGAACUCUCCCAAAGGAUACACUCCGACCUUUCAAGAUUGCCCUCAAAAUGCCCCUGUGGUCCGAAGUGCUGCUUCCCUCUCGCCGAACGAGACGCAGUGGUUGGAAAAGCGGAGGAAUAACACAGUUGCGCCAAUGCGUGAUUUACUGAGUCGGCUGAACAUCCAAGGCUUUGAUGCGGCGCAAUAUAUUGAUCGUGUGGCCAACAAUGUCUCUGCGCUACCUAAUAUCGGCAUCGCCGUGUCGGGAGGCGGUUGGCGAGCACUCAUGAACGGUGCCGGUGUUUUGAAGGCGUUCGAUUCUCGCACCGUCGGUAACACUGACAAGGGCAAGCUCGGCGGUCUGCUCCAGUCUGCGACAUAUUUGUCGGGUUUGAGUGGAGGGUCAUGGUUAGUCGGCUCCCUUUUCAUGAACAAUUUUACGACGGUCGGGGCAUUACAGGCGGAAACGAGUGGCUCAGUUUGGGAAUUUGGCAACAGUGUCAUUGAGGGUCCUGAGAAAAGCGGACUCCAAAUCUUCAACACGGCCGAAUAUUACGCCAACCUGGUGAGCGACGUCGAAGGAAAGUCAGAUGCCGGGUUCGAUACGUCUUUGACCGACCUUUGGGGCCGUGGGCUUUCGUACCAACUGAUUAAUGCCACUGAAGGUGGUUCGGCUUUUACCUGGUCCUCUAUUGGCAUUUCGGCACCCUUUUUGAAUGCUGACAGCCCGUAUCCUAUUAUCAUCGCCGACUCACGUGCACCCGGGGAAAUACUGAUUCCGGGCAACACGACCAUCUACGAGUUUAAUCCCUAUGAGAUGGGCUCCUGGGAUCCCACUUCCUUUGGCUUCGUGCCAAUGAAUCAUUUGGGCACCAAUUGGACAGCCGGCCGAGUACCGGCCCAUGAAAAAUGCGUGGUGGGCUUCGACAAUGCUGGGUUCCUCAUGGGAACUUCAUCUACAUUGUUCAACCAACUCAUUCUGAAUCUCAAUUCAUCAGGUGUCCCGGACUCUCUGCGGAAUCUCGUUGCAACGAUCCUGACGGAUUUGGGUGACGACGACAAUGACAUUGCGGAUUACACACCCAACCCGUUCUUCAAAUAUAACCCGCAAACCAAUCCGGGUGCCAAUUCUCCGCAGCUCACUCUGGUCGAUGGCGGUGAAGAUUUGCAAAACAUCCCUCUUCACCCCCUGAUCCAACCCGCCCGUCACGUCGACGUCAUCUUUGCGGUCGACUCAUCGGCCGACACCGACUUCAAUUGGCCAAAUGGAACCUCUAUGGUGGCCACCUACGAACGGUCACUGAGCGCCAUAGCCAACGGCACAAUCUUCCCAAGUGUUCCCGACGUCAACACCUUCGUCAACUUGGGCCUCAACUCACGUCCAACUUUCUUUGGCUGCGAUACGUCCAAUUUCACUGGCGGCACCACCAUUCCGCCUUUGGUCGUCUACAUUCCGAACUCGCCGUACGUGACAUUCAGUAACAUCUCAACCUUCCAGCUGUCGACCAACGACACCCAACGGGAUGCUAUCAUAUUAAACGGGCUGAAUGCUGCCACGAUGGCCAACGGCACACGGGACGCAACCUGGCCCACCUGCGUGGCAUGCGCAAUCUUGAGCCGCAGUUUGGAACGCACAAACACCGACGUCCCUGCGGCGUGCACGAGCUGCUUCAGCCACUUCUGCUGGGACGGCUCGCUCAAUUCGACGCAGCCCGUCGAUUACGCGCCAGAGCCGGUUCUCCAGGAGGUGAACCUGCAGAGCGGAGGCUCUAAGCUCCUUCCUAGGUGGGCUAUUGCCAUAGCUGCAGCAGCGCUGGGCUAUCAUUCUCUAUAA